GCGCUAACAAUAAAAUCUCUGUAUUCUUUCAAUUUUUCUGUUCUUAAUCAGCUGUUUAUCCUUGGGUUUCUCUGCCAUUAUUAUCCAUUACUUUUCUGAUUUUGACAAGAUUGAGGUUAUAGAACCUUCUGUCACUCAUUUGGUUUUUUUUACGCGCGUAAUGCAUUCUCAUUAUACAUGCAUAUAUACAUAUAUAUGUGUUGAACCAGAAGAUUGAACUAUUGAAAUGAAAACUAAAAGAAAUAAUCAAGGAAAAAAGGGUUGUCAGAGUUACUUGGUCCCAGUAUUAAGGAGACAGUGGCUCCGACUGUUCUUGUAAAAUUAAUUAUAUAUUAUUAACAAAUAUGUCAAUGCGUCAAACUCUCGGAAAAUUAUUAAAAAAUAUUAGACCUGCUAUGUAUACAUCAAGUAUGUUAUUUGCCUAUUGUACUUCUUCUGAUAAACCUUCUGAUAAAUCUACAAAUAAGAAGUUACAAUUUGAACCACUGGAUAUGAAAAAGCUAACUUAUGAGUAUAUGAUAAAACAAUCUAUAUUGGAUACUGUCAAUAGUACAACACAGACGUUAACUGUUACAUAUAUGGCAAUAACAGAACUGAGUACUGAGUAUAGAACAUUAUUGAAUAAGCUCAUUACACUUCUUGAAGAAACUUUAAUGUACAAUGUAAAUGAUGAGCAUUGGGAUUCGAUUGUAGAAUUACGAAAUGAAAUACAAAAUAAGAAGGAGAAACUUAUGAAAUUAUCUGAUUCUAUGGAAGAUGUGUACAAAAUGGCAAUAGCUGCCUCACAACUAUGUUUUUUGUACGAGAUGGAAAAUUUGAACAAUACACUUUUACAAAGAAUAGAUGAUGCAAUGCAUAAAGUGAAAAUAGAAGCUGACAGCAAUAAACAGUUGGAAAGUGCAUACUGCCAUAUACAGGAACAGUGUAUCAAAAGCAGUAAGGAAACAACUGAAAAACAAUAAUGAAUUUUUCUAGGGAAUGGUUUUCAAUUUCUGGAAUAUAUUUAGACUUUAUAAAAAAUAAAAAUUUGUGUCUAACAAAUUGUUUGUAUUAAUGAUACAUUUUUCUCUCAUAUUUAUUAAUAUAUAUACUGUACAUAAUUAAUAUCGAUCAUAUUCGAUUAUCUCAAUUCUUGUUAUCUAUUUUUUACAUAAAGAUGCAGUUAUUGAAUUAAAGAUAUUUGGUAUAAAGGUUUCUUAUCCUUAAACAUUCCCUGUUCAAGAUUUGAUACCUUCAAAAAUAACUAAAAUGUGCCUUGCUAUUUUAUUUGACCCAAUUAUAUAUUAAAAAAUUAUAAUAAAGAGAAUUUUUUUGGAUUAGAAAC